GGGCGGAGCUAGCGGGAGAGGCUGUUGCCGCUUUGAGGGUUGAAGCUGGGACGGGGCUGGUGAGCGCAGCGGCGGUGUAGGGGUCCUGCCUGCUUCUUCGCGGGGCUGGGCGCCAGAUUUGCAGUGAAUCCUCCAAGAAAUGGCCACACGACUCAGACCAGCCAGUAAGAAAUGUACCGUGAUAGGUGGCUCAGGAUUUUUAGGCCAACACAUGGUGGAGAAGCUGCUGGAGAAAGGCUACACAGUCAAUGUGUUUGAUAUCCAAAAGGGGUUUGAGAAUGAUAAAGUGCAGUUUUUCCUGGGAGAUCUCUGCAGUAAAAAGGACCUGUUCCCAGCUCUACAAGGUGUGACAGUGGCUUUUCACUGUGCUUCACCAGCACCUUCCAGUGACAACAGGGAUCUGUUUUACAAGGUGAAUUUUAUGGGGACCAAAACUGUCAUUGAAGCCUGCAAAGAAGCUGGGGUUCAGAAACUGGUAUUAACCAGCAGUGCCAGUGUAGUCUUUGAGGGCACAGACAUCAAGAAUGGAACAGAAGACCUCCCUUAUGCAAAGAAGCCCAUCGACUACUACACAGAGACCAAGAUCCUGCAGGAGAAGGAAGUGCUAAAUGCUAAUGACCCAGAUGAUGAUUUCUUCACAACUGCCAUUCGCCCUCAUGGGAUAUUUGGUCCCAGGGACCUACAGCUGGUUCCCAUCCUCAUUCAGGCAGCUAAGAGUGGCAAAAUGAAGUUCAUGAUUGGGGACGGGAAGAACCUAGUAGACUUUACCUUUGUGGAAAAUGUGGUCCAUGGGCACAUACUAGCUGCAGAACAUCUUCAUAAAGACUCUCCCCUGUGUGGGAAGGCAUUUCACAUCACAAAUGAUGAGCCAGUCCCUUUCUGGUCAUUCAUGUCUCGUAUCUUGACUGGCUUGAACUACGAUGCACCCAAAUACCAAAUCCCCUAUUGGGUGGCAUAUUACUUAGCCCUCUUACUGUCUCUGGGGUUGCUGCUGCUGAGUCCACUCAUAACGAUCAAACCUACCUUCACCCCCAUGCGGGUAGCAUUAGCUGGGACAUUCCAUUACUACAGUUGCAAGAGGGCCAAAAGGGACAUGGGCUACAAGCCGGUGGUGAGCCUGGAUGAAGCAGUGGAGAGGACUAUCCAGAGCUUUUCCCACCUACGCCAGGCAAAGUAAGGAGAUGCAGAGAAACUGAAGAGACCUGAAUUCUCUGGACAGAUGAACCUUUCCUUAAGCCUCUCCUAGGGAUAACAAGUUUCUCUGGGUUGAAGGACUUCAUCCUGUAGUUGUACUAACAGCCCGUACUUCUCUGUGACUGCUUUGUGUGACAGCCUGUUCUAAAAUAGCUAUUGGCUGCUACUCUUUGAAUAAACAUCCUAAUAUUUCCUCCUAAAGUAGUGAGCUAGCACAUCCUGAUUCCAUCCCCUGCUGUCUCCGCCCAUGACUUCUAUUUUGCUGCUUUGGUGACUAUGCCAGCCUAUCCUAAUGGCUGUGGAUUGAGUAACAGCCAUUCUAAACAAUUCUCACUUUCAUCCACCUCCCACCAUUAAUUGAGUGUGUUGGAUAUUUCUUAUGGUGCAAUCAUGGACAAAAUACAUUGAAGAGUGUGUUUGGGAGAUGUGCUGGAGGAACAAGUGAGAUUUAAGGGGAGAAAGCCAGCCAAAGCGAUACUCUUAAAACUUAUGUCCACUAUUAAACAAAACAUAAUGGUGACCAUGUUUUAUCAUCACUA